CUUCCGGGCCGGCAUUUUGGGCUGGGCGGAGGCGGGAAAUGGCGGCCGGGGCGGCCGCCCGCCGGGACCCGCGGGUUCGCUGCUGCUCGCGGCGGGGCCUGGAGCGGGUGCUGGGGCUGUGCGCGCCCUUCCUGCGGGCGCUGGCACCGGGGCAGCCGGGCGGCACCGCCGCCGCGGACGACGUGCUGUGGCCCUCGAAUCUCUUGCAGAACUUCGAGGCAGCAGUGCGAGAGAAUGUUACGAUUAACGGGCAGCCCUGGGGGGAUACGUCAGCCAGCUCCGAACCGUGUGGUUCCUACAUCAAAAUUCUGGAAGACCAGUUUGAUGAACUUAUAGUAGAGACAUCAACAAAGCGUAAGCAGUGGCCUAAGAAGAUACUGGUACAUGCUAUCCAAAGCAUGAAAGCAGAGCAAGAAAUGUUGAAGCUCUACCAGCCUGUGGUAACGCCAGAAGAGAUCAGGUCACAGCCUUCUCAAGAUGCUUACAUCACAGAUCUGAAGCAGGUGACAGAAACGGUGUCUGAACAGAUUGGUGAGGCAAUGAAGUCCCUCCCUGCGCUAAUAGAAAGAGCAGAAGGUUUUUCCCAAGCGCUAACUUGGCAACCAACCCUGGAACUCUGCAAGCUGCGGCAAGAAGUCUUUGCUGGUUGUAAUGCAAAGGAGGAAGAUAACGUCCAAAGCUUCGUAUCACCGGGAGAGGUCACGCCAACCCACACUGACACCAGUAAAAAUCCCUACACUUUGUUCAAGAGGAAAAGAGCUGCAGAUUCACCACAGAGAAGAUACUACCCGCUUCGGCGGAGGAAAAUUACCCUCAGCGCAUGAAUUUCUCAUUUUGUGUUUUCAGAUUGGAUACUCAGUUGCACUCUGGUUCGGUGUAUUCAGUCUGUUAUUUUUAAACUUUAUUCUGCCCUCUAAUCCAGUGCUAUACGUGGGAGCUUCCUUAAUUAUUUAGAUUUUGAUCCGCAUCCCUAUUUUUCUUACUGUUACAAUGGUGGUAUAUGAAAGCCUAUGCGUGCCAGUAACAUCUGGUAUCCUACAAAUGUAUUUACUGAUUCACUCUCAUUUUUUACCCUUUUAUUACGGAAGUUAGCUUGAAGUCCUUGUGCUUUUCAGAGCUGUGCAAAUGCUUUGUGUCUGUAAGCAGUCUUUUUGUAAACCACUAAGUGCUCGAAAACAGCAGGCAUAUCUCUGAAGAGGCUGGAGAACGUCUGGUUCUCCUAAUGAACCUUCGUUUAUACUGAGCUUGGUGGCUAUCUAAUAAAUUAAGAAGAGUUUCAAACUGGAACAUACUAAAACCUCCAUUUUUGGUAUGAUGCUUUAGUUUUCUGAAAAUCCAUAGCAAAUCUAAAAUCAGUCCCUCCUAUUUCACCUUUCCUGAAUUUAGGUCAGCAAGGCUUACGUAUCAUCACAUUGGUUUAAAUGUGGGACUUAAAUAAUUGUAUGUAUUUGCUUGCAGUGUGCUCUUCAGAGCAAGGAUUUGACCAUCUGCAUCUUUCCAUCUGAUAUUUCAGUUCAUGUAAUCCAUAUAAGCAGUCUGGGGGUUUCCUUGACAACACUUCUACACAUUACAGGAUCUUGACUUGGGUCACGUAUGCAACUGUGGCAUUUGACUAAACUUUAAAAAUCAGUAUAGGCUAACAGUAAAUGGUAUUAGGUUGAGCUAGCUUACUUUUUUUAAACACAUUAGUACCUAGGUAGUAUUAAAUUGAGCAUUAUGCCUUAACCAUCGAUAACUUUUUCUGGCUUAUGAGUGCAUGUGCUUACAGUAAAUACGUGUGUGUAGCAUGUAAUGUAUUCUCACGGUAAAUAGAGGGUUUUUAAGAAGCUUUAGUAGUGUAGUGUUGUGGGAAGACAGAUCCAACUUGAUGUCUAAGAGACGGAAAAUUUUCAAGAAAACGUGUAACAGAUUUUAGCACUGUCUAUUUUGUAAAGGUGAGCAUCUGUGCUAAAGCUUUGUAUAUUUAAUCAUAUGUAAAUAUAUUUCCCGUGGCUUUUGUAUAUAGAAACUUGUUUUUAUAUGAAGUAAAAGAAAUCAAUUAAGAAAGAUCAAA